UUGGAUCUCAUUUCAGACUUGGAUCACAGUCAGUUGAAGCAGUUAUGUGACGAUGCAUUGACUAAAAUUGAGCAACUUACUGUUAAUUCGUCCAAAGUUGGUGUUGGUGGCAAACAGUUGGAUCUGCUCAAAGCUGAUCUGCGUAGUUCGGUGUUGGCGGCCGGUGCUAAUAAUGCUAAAGUGGCAGCUGCACAGGAUUUAAUGAUCGCUGUAGCGGACUUCUUGUAUCGUCUCUAUCAUCAGCUUGUAUCAACGCACGGUUUGGAGGCGGAUAAAAGUGCGGCUGAGGUUAUGAAAAAAUUGCGACAAUUCGCUAAGGACAACGCCGAAAGCGAAGAAUCAGCGCAGUUGGUGGACGAGGGCGUUGAGAGCGGAACGGAAACAGAGGGAGGGCGAUCACCGCGAAUAAUGCUCAACCUUCAACGACAUGUGAUAUCGCCGAAUUUUGCGAAAGCCAUGAACGAACAACUCGGUGGUGAUCGUAUCGAGGAUAUCGUCACAGAAAGUGAUCUCAGAGAGAGGAUCAUUCCUGCGGAUAGCGAUGUAUUCAAAGUAUCAGAUUGCUUAAUGGAACUGUCGAAGAUCUUACGUCGAACCGUUGAGAAUGCAAUGAACGCUCGGGUUGAGAACGAAGAUCAGCAAGAGCUCACGCUCCAAAACAUGAAACUUCGAUCGCUGCUUGCCACAAAGAGGUCAGCAUUUAUAUCUGUUUAUCAAUGA